AUGCCCAUGAAGCUCGAAGGAAGCUGCCAGUGUGGAGGCAUCGAAUUCACCCUCCAGUCCCAAACGCCAGUCCCUUACCAGCUUUGUGCCUGCAGCAUUUGCCGGAAAGUUGGCGGGCACCUUGGCAGCGUCAACCUAGGCGGAAUAGCGGAUAGUCUGAACAUAAUCAAGGGAAAAGACAUGAUUAAGUACGAAGCAAUCCAACCUUCCACAGCCCCAUAG